AAGAUGGCAUCCGCAGAGGCAAAAUCUCUUGAGAAAGACCAACCUGAUAACAUUAAGUUUAAGAUAAUAGUGAUGGGGGCAACUUCAGUCGGGAAAACGUCGCUGAUUUCACAGUUUGUCCAUGGUAGGACUAAAAACUCCACCAGCGACACCACAAAAGACUUCUACAGUUGCAAAAUUACAGACGGAGAUGUGAAUGUGUCUGCGGACAUCCUGGACACCCACGGGGACCUAGAGUUUCCUCAGAUGAUGAAGCUCGCCAUACAAACGGGGGAUGCCUUUGUGCUGAUGUACGCGGUCGAUGACAAGACAUCCUUUGACAGGAUGAAUUGUAUCCGGGACAUGGUGGUCAAGUGGAAGAGUAAAGAGAGGAAGAACACCAUAACCGUCGUUUGUAACAAGAUGGAUCUUGAUGUCCCCACGCGUAGUCCUCCGAAAGAGAUCGUGGAAGCUGUGGUGGAGAUGGAUUGGGGUCACAGCUAUAUGGAAAUCACCACCAAGGACAAAGACGCCGUCGACAGGGUGUUCAAAGAAGUGGUCCAACGUCACGUAUGCGCAUGCGAUGGCAGUGCUGCGUCGGGACAACGGAGAAUGACCUCCCCUGCUGAUAUCAUUCACAAGCUACGGAGGAGGCUAACCCUGAAAAAGCUUAAGUCAAAUACUUAAAGGGGCAGGGGAUGUAUUUCAUUGUUGUGGGUGACAAUGCAUUUAGUGUAGUAACCCCGUUAAUCCGGAAGGAACAGGGAUUUCGUGGCGAUGCCCCUGUAACAGCAUCGUUGUCAACAGUCAACACUUGAAAGGCAGUGUUUCGCACUAACAAUAUGUCGUGUUAUUUUA